GCCAUCAAGUUUUGUGGUACGGAGAAGAUUUCUAUAUGAUUCAACAGCCGUGGGCAUCGUCUCAGCGUGAGCCGGGUCAGCAGUCGCAAGUGGGAGGCUCGGGCGUACGAGUUCUUUUCACGCAACGGAAACCAUCCUCAGCGAGUGAGUGAUUGAGGGAGCUGCAAAGGGAGCGUUGGCUGGUGGGUGGAUAUCACAUUGAAGUCCAGGUUCCUGUACUUUGGUGGGAGAAUGCAUGCAUUUUGGACUGAUAGGUGUGUUUGUGAUCGUUUGGCUGUAGCAGCAGGGAAAGGUUCGACUGCCGCUGUCGAAACCAAAGCGAAGAUAGAGCAGUUUUUGACGCGUUCGGCUCGGCUCGCUGGGAUGAGAGAAAGAUCAGCAAGGGAAAAAAGAGAGCGAGAACAAAAGAAGCUGGAGCCCGCCAGAGGAAGAACACCCAACGGAGCGUCAACAAGGCGUAAAAUGGAGGCUGGAGGACGCGAGCAGUUUCGUCGCUUGCAUUGUCGGACAAGCGUCGAGAGAUCCGGUACGAGCACUGAGAGAAUUUUGUCUUGGACGAGGACUAAAAAGAGAGCGGUGGAAUCAUGGCGAGAGACUUACAGCGCCAAUCGAUCGAUCGCGCCAUCCAUGGACGUUGUUCAUCGAGGAGCGAUUACGUCGCCUUGGUGGCCACUGAAAGUCGUGGAGGAAGAAAGCUUUUUUACGCGGGUUUCGUACGGGGUGAAAGAUCCUUAAAUCUUUCUCUUUGAUUGACAGGGAAAGCUUUGGGGUCACUAAAUUUUUUUCUUCUUCUCAUCAAGGUUGGAUGGAAGCAUUAUUUUC